AUGCAGCCGCCGGCGACGGCGAGCGGCCGCGCCAAGUGGCGAGUGGCGCGGCACACCCGCGAGAGCUGCACCAAGGUGGUGGCCAACACCCUGUGCACGCUGCUCCUCGUCGUGCUCCUCGUCGCCGGCGUCGUCCUCUUCGUCGUCUGGCUCGGCCUCCGGCCGCACCGCCCCCGCUUCAGCCUCGUCUCCUUCGCCGUCGUCGCACUGCCGCCCGGCGACGCAGCCGCGCAGCAGCAGCAGCAGGUCGCGUUCAACGUCUCCGACCGCAACCCGAACCGCCACAUCGGCAUCCUCUACGACGCGACGCAGGCCUCCGUCCACUACGACAACGGCGGCGUGCUCGUCGCCGGCGGCCCGGCGUUCGCCUCCGCCUGGUACCAGCCCAACAAGACCACCACGUUCAUCGCCGGCUUGCUCGACGUCGUCGGGCCGAGGGCCACCGACGCCGCGUGGCCGUCCUUCCAGGCCGAGCUGCACGCCGGCCGCCUCCCGCUGCGGCUGCAGCUCACCACGGCCAUCCGCUUCCGCCUCACCGGCGGCUUCGGAGCCCUCGGCUUCCAGUCCGGCCGGCGGAGGAUGCACGUCGACUGCCACAUGCUCGUCGGCUCCGACGGCGAGCUGCUGCCGGAGUCCGUCGGCGCCGCCUGCGACAGAUACUUCUCAUGA